ACGUUUCUGCGGAGGGCGAGUAAACAUACAUUCCCUCCACGUCAAUAUGGACGGCCCGCCGCUUGCGUCGCUCUCACUGACGCAUGUGCAUUAUAAUCCCGCCGACCGCAUUUCAUACCUGUGCGCAUGGCUCGCUCUGGUUCCGCAGGGACUAUGCGUCGUGUAUGCGACACUGAUCUGGUCGACCCGUGAAAUUGAGAUAUUCUUAAUGUUUGCGGGCCAAAUGGCAUGCGAAGCCCUCAAUUGGGUAUUAAAGAGAUACAUCAAGGAAGAGCGGCCGCGGGAAAUGCAUGGCAAGGGUUACGGAAUGCCUUCCUCGCAUGCCCAAUUCGUCUCCUUCUUCUCCGUCACUCUAGCCCUCUUCCUUCUCUUCCGCCACGUCCCUCACCCUACCGAUACCCACACCCCCUUCUCGCUUGGUGGUCGUUUUCUCCUCUCGGUCCUCGCCUUAGUUUGCGCAGCCGCCGUAGCCGUCAGCCGGAUAUACUUGAGUUACCACACACCCAAGCAAGUCAUGGUCGGGUGUGCUGCCGGUGCAGUCUUUGCCUUGGUCUGGUUCGCAUUUACCACGUAUCUGCGCAGGGCUGGCUGGAUUGAAUGGGCGCUCGAGACGUGGCUUCUCAGGUUGUUGCGCGUCAGAGAUCUUGUCAUACAAGAAGAUCUGGUCGAUUCCGGUUGGGCACGUUGGGAAGACAGGCGGAAACGGCAGACUUUUCAAGUCCAAGGCAAAAAGCGCAGCUGAGGUUUGCAUUGCAUACGCAUGCCUCGUAAAUGUCACCAUCAUCACAAGGCGCUGCUUCUCUCAACAUGUCAUCAUUUAGACCAGAAACCGCGAUAGCGGUAAAGUUUGGGACCUAACCAGCCCCUAACCUUCUCGAUAAACUUAGCUCCCGUGCGCCCAUUUAAAACAAACUGCGGUUUCUUGCGCACUCCACUGGAUUCAAUCGGAAAUCUCACCUAUCA